UUCCGGGCGUUUUGGACUCCAACUCCCAGCAGCCCCAGCCAGCACGGCCUUAUUGACGCGGUGGCUGAUGGGCGUUGGAAUCCGAAACACUUGGAGGGCCCUGGGCCGUGGGACGGUUGCCGUACUGGGCGCACGAGUGGGCUUCCUCCGAGGGAGCGGAGCCGGAAAGGGGGCGGUGCUCGUGCCCAUCGCCGUGUCCUCCGGCCUGCGAGCCUUCCAGGGACGGAAGCGGCCUGUGCUGGAGCCUGGGCGGCGCGCCCCUACCCCCGAAAUGAGCAAGAGGAAGGCGCCGCAGGAGAACCCCAACGAGGGCAUCACGGACUUCCUCAGUGAACUGGCCAACUAUGAGAGGAAUGUGAACAGAGCCAUCCACAAGUACAAUGCCUACAGGAAAGCAGCCUCUGUGAUAUCCAAAUACCCAAGCAAGAUAAAAAGCGGAGCUGAAGCAAAGAAGCUGGACGGAGUAGGAGCUAAAAUUGCUGAAAAGAUUGAUGAGUUUUUAUCUACUGGAAAAUUACGUAAGCUGGAAAAGAUUCGGCAGGAUGAUACGAGCUCUUCUAUCAAUUUCCUGACCAGAGUCAGCGGCAUAGGUCCUGCUGCUGCCAGGAAAUUCGUCGAUGAAGGAAUUAAAACCCUGGAAGAUCUAAGGAAAAAUGAACACAAACUGAACCAUCAUCAGCGAAUUGGGUUAAAGUACUUUGAAGACUUUGAGAAAAGAAUUCCAAGGACAGAGAUGUUAGAGAUGCAGGAAAUCAUCUUGAAUGAGGUGAAGAAUGUAGAUCCCAAAUAUAUUGCUACAGUGUGUGGCAGUUUCCGCCGAGGUGCAGAAUCAAGUGGGGAUAUGGAUAUCCUCCUGACCCAUCCAAACUUCACUUCAGAAUCCUCCAAACAGCCGAAGCUUUUGCAUCAAGUUGUGGAGCAACUGGAAAGCAUCCAUUUUGUUACAGAUACGCUUUCAAAGGGAGACACCAAAUUCAUGGGAGUAUGUCGACUCCCAAGCAAAGAUGAGGAAACUGAUUACCCAUACAGGAGAAUUGAUAUCAGGUUGAUUCCCAAAGAUCAGUAUUACUGCGGAGUCCUGUACUUCACCGGGAGUGAUAUAUUCAAUAAGAACAUGCGAGCCCGUGCAUUGGAAAUGGGCUUUACCCUCAAUGAGUACACCAUCCGGCCCUUAGGCAUCACUGGAGUCGCAGGGGAGCCCCUGCCUGUGGACAGCGAAGAGGACAUCUUUGACUGCAUCCAGUGGAAGUAUCGCGAGCCGAAGGAGCGGAGUGAAUAGCUGCUCGCCCAAGCCCAGGCACCUCUGAAAGCCCUUGUCUUGGGCUGAGGUGUUGUUGGCAGUUGAGCCUGGGCCCAUAAUUCAUUGCUUGAUCCUGUUGUGUAAGAUCUCUGUAGGGUGUGUGAGUGUGGCUGUUCAUAACACCUUUGGAGCUUCAGAAUAGCGUGUGUGCUGUAAUUAAAACACUAACUGGUGUGCAUUA